AUGGCACAAGAGGGACAGGUGCAAUCUAGAAUAAUAGAAGAAGAAGAAGAAAAGGUGAUCAUUUGUCACUCUGUUGAGUCGUUCAACGAGCAGCUCCAGAAGGGAAUCCAGUCCAAGAAACUGAUUGUGGUCGAGUUCACGGCUUCAUGGUGUCCUCCAUGCCGGUUUAUUGCCCCAAUCGUGAAUGAGAUGGCAAAGAAGUUGCCUGGUGUUAUAUUCUUGAAGGUAAACAAGUCUUAUUUGCAGUCCGUUGCUGAAGACUGGGAUGUGAAAGCCAUGCAAACCUUUGUGUUACUGAAAGAAAGCAGAUUUCUGGAGAGGAUUUUGGGCGCUAAUAAGAUAGAGGAGCUGCAAAUGGCAAUUGCAAAGCAUGCAACUCCUCCUUAA